AUGCGUGCCGCAAGUCAGACUUCAGCAACUUCCCUCCAAGCUUCUUACCAGGUAGCUUUGCUUGUCACCAAAGCUAAAAAGCCGUACAUGAUUGCCGAGGAGCUAAUUGCACCAGCUGAACCUAUCCUAGCUGAAACCAUGGUGGAUAAAAAAGCCGCGGAUGCAAUCCAGUCAGUACCGCUGUCUAACGACACUAUAUGCCGCAGGGUGGAUGAGAUGGCUGGUGACAUUGUUCAGCAGGUGACCGACAAACUGAAAGGAGCGGGAUCUUUUGCGGUACAGUUAGACGAGUCUACUGACGUGAAUGGAGAAGCCCAGUUGGUCAUGUUUGCUCGUUUCAAAGAUGACACAGUCAACGAUAUAGUUGAACACAUCGUCUUCUGCAAGCCACUACCCGAUAAAACCACGGGUGAGGACAUUUUUAAUUUGAUUGUUUUUUUCACAGAGCACGAGUUGGACUGGAAGUGCUGCUCGCAUGUAUGCACAGACGGGGCAGCGUCUAUGACAGGUUGGCACCGCGGACUUGUCUCUCGCAUCAGGCAGGUAAACCCCGAUAUCCAAGGCAUCCACUGCAUAAUUCACAGAGAAGCAUUGGCUUCCAAACGCAUGAGCCCAGAACUGGACAGUGUUUUGACAGACGCUGCGAAAGUGAUUAACUUCAUUAAAUCACGACCUCUCAAUUCAAGACUGUUCCACAAGCUGUGCGAGGAAAUGGGCAGUGACCAUCAUCAGCUGCUGCUACAUACAGACGUACGUUGGCUAUCAAGGGGGAAAGCACUACAGAGACUAUUCGAACUGAGAGACCAGGUGCACGAUUUCCUCUCAGAGCAUGGACAUCCUCUGGCUGCUCAACUUGAAGACCAGACCUGGUUGGCUCACCUGGCUUACCUCACUGAUGUUUUUGGCCGUCUGAAUGAGUUGAACACAAGCUUGCAAGCUUUGCCAGAAGCCAUCGUCACAUUGUCUGAUUUCCUUGAACAGCGUGGUGUCCCAACCGAAAGCGUACAGCGUCUGGAGGAGGAAAAGAUUGACAAAGAUGUCAUCCGUCUCAUGGAGGACAGAGAGCUGGCAAAAUACAUCUCCUCAUAUGGAGAUAGGUUGGCUGUAACCAACUUCUGCAAAAAUCAAACAUCAGCUCAGAGGAGAAAAAUGGGCCUCUUUGAAAAACUAAGGGCAAAGAUGCAGCUGCAGAAAGAAGGGCAUGGGAAUAAACCUGUGGAUGAAGUGCCAAAAAGUACAUCCUCACAGUCACACCCUAGGAGGAGAGGGAGGCAAAGUCACCGCAAAAUUGAAAUCGGCUGGUUAAACCGUGAGAAGGGACAAGCAGGGAUAAAACAGAUGAGAGCCAAACAGGGAGGUGGAACAAGAAUGGUUGACGUGAAUGUGGAAUGCAGGAUGAACACAAUACUUGAAAAGGGUAAAGAAUUAUUUUUCCCAAACGGAAUGUCAACAAAAGGCCAUGAAAAACAGUUUAACUUUGAAAUAUGGGAUUACAAACACAAUCCUGUAAAUGAAAACGUUACCGUUGGAUUAAUUUAUGACACCCUAUGCAUGAACAGAUUAAGAUUCUACAUCGCCACAUUCCCAAAGGAGGACAUUGAAACUGAUUAUGCCAUGGACAGUGAAGAUGUGAUAGAAGAUGAACCGGUAAUAGAAAUUGCAGAUGAUAAUGACGCUCAGCUGAUACACACUUACGUGUUGGAUCUUGACCAUGAAAUCAUUUUGGGUCCGUCCAGUGGAGAAUAUGAUGGUGACAAUGAUGACACUGAGCCGUUUGAAUUUCCCAUUUUACAGCAGCCCACAACUGCAGAUGCAUUCAGAGACGAUGAACUACAACUCCUGCCCUCCGUGCCACUUGCCGCCUCUGAUCCGCCACUACCCUCCAUGCCGCUCUCCAUGCCACUUGCUGCCUCCGGUCUGCAACUCGCCGCCUCUGAUCUGCUGCUGCCGUCCAAGCCAAAACUGAUUGUUAUUCACCAUGGCAACUGUCUUAAUGAAAUGAUCAGUGAAUUCAUGGAUCCAGCAGUGCUAACACAACCCUUGACAAUCAAGAGAUUGCUUCCUGAUAACACAGAAGAAAAGGCUGUUGGCUCAGGUGUGCUCAGGGAUGUGUUUUCGUCUUUCUGGCAGGAGUUUUACGACCGUUGCACAAUAGGAACAGAUGUAAAGAUUCCUUUCAUCCGCCAUGAUUACAGCAGUGAAACAUGGAAGGCUAUUGGUAGAGUGCUUGUGGUGGGUUAUAAAACCUGCGACUACCUGCCAAUAAAGCUGGCACUUCCUCUACUAGAGUAA